AUGGAAAACAAUGAUAAAGGUGUGUUGUGUGAAGAUAUGUUGCGGGAAAUUCUGUCAAGGCUUCCAGUAAAAUCUCUAAUGCGAUUCAUGUGCGUGAGCAAGAGCUUUCAAUCUCUCAUAUUGGAUCCACGAUUCGAGAGAAUGCAUCUUCAAAACUCGCGCAAAAGCACCAAUUUCUUGUUAGGUUACGUAAAUGGAGGUGAAACUUCCUAUGUCGUUCCCGCACCGAUCAGUUAUUUGAUUGAAGAUUCAACAUCCUUCUUUGAUGGUGAUAUUAUCAAUGGAUCUAAAGCUCAUUGGAAAAAGGAUCGGGUUCUUGGUUCAUGCAAUGGCUUAGUCUGUUUGGCUAAAUGGAACGAAAAUGGAAUCAUGUUUAACUUAUGGAACCCCGCAACAAAAAAAGAAUUUGGAAACCUAACACUUGCUGAGAAAGACAACCUUGUCAUGUUAGGGUUCGGCUACGAUAACUCAAGGCAUAGCUACAAAGUGGUAGCAAUAGUUGGCAAUUUGAAUACCGUAGAUCAACUUCCUUAUAGAACCUUAAUUGGCAGCCCGAAUGACGAACGUGGUUGGAGAGAAAUUCAAGAUUUUCCAACUGUAUCUACUUCAGUGGAAGGUGAUGCAGUAUACCUAAACAACACUCUUAACUGGUUAGGGAUACCAACUUAUAAUGACUCUGAUGAUGAUAUGGACUCUUUUCUUACACUGAAGGACGUGGUGAUUGUUUCGCUUGAUCUUGAGACAGAGACAUACAGAGAGAUGUUGCUUCCUCGAGAACUUAAUAAUGGUGUGUUCAUAGGAUAUUUCUGCUGUUUCUUUGAGCAGCUCCAUUGCAAUGAAGGUCCACUUAUUGGGGUUUUGGGUGGUUGUUUAAGUGUUUUUGUUCAUAACCGCGAGACAAAAGAUUUCAGCAUAUGGCAGAUGAAGGAGUUUGGGAAUCGAAGAUCUUGGACUCUUUUGCUGAACACAUCUCUUGAAGAUCUUGGAGUUAACAUGGACGAACCAUAUAGCAUCUUGCUGCCUCUGUGCAUGGUUGAGAAUGAUCGUGACAUCGUCAUCAUUCACAGUUCAUUUCAAGAGUGUGUGAAGCAAACAAUAGUUUAUAAUAUGAGAGACAACACAGUACUGACUUCCAGAAAUGUGACUCGCAACUUACUUUGGAUCUAUCCUUUUGAUUAUGUUGAAAGCUUGAUUUCCCCUAUUGCAUAA